UGGCGUUAGGUGGCCGUCGCCGCGAAGCGGGCCGACAGGCCGCCUCGCAAGCAAGUUGCGCACGGCCCGCCCGGGAGGUGGAGACGCCGGCCUCCGACCCCCCUGCCCGUUCCGGGUGUGAAGAGAAAAAAAAAAAUGACACUCCAGUGGGCAGCAGUUGCAACCUUUCUUUAUGCUGAAAUAGGACUCAUUUUAAUCUUCUGUGUACCUUUUAUUCCUCCUCAGAGAUGGCAAAAGAUUUUUUCGUUUAAGAUCUGGAGUAAAAUUGCAACUUUCUGGAACAAGGCUUUCCUUACUAUUAUAGUCCUAUUGAUUGUUCUGUUUCUAGAUACUGUGAGAGAAGUACGGAAAUAUUCCUCCAUUUCUGCUGUUGAACACAGCUCAUCCAGCAGACCUGGUGCCCAUGAACAUACGCAGAUGAAACUUUUCAGGUCACAAAGAAACCUUUACAUUUCUGGAUUCUCAUUAUUUUUGUGGCUAGUGUUGAGACGUCUGGUUACCCUUAUUACUCAGCUGGCAAAAGAACUGUCAAACAAAGGAGUACUUAAAACUCAAGCAGAAAAUACUAAUGCCGCUGCCAAAAAAUUCAUGAAAGAGAAUGAAAAACUAAGACGGCUCUUGAAAAGCUAUAACAAGGAAGAGGAAUACAUUUUGGAAGCAGAAAAUAAAAAACUGGUAGAAGACCAGGAAAACCUGAAAUCUGAAUUAAAGAAGACUUCAGAUGCCCUUUUUAAGGCACAAAAUGACGUGGUGACAAUGAAGAUACAAUCAGAGAGACUUUCAAAAGAAUACGACCGACUCCUACAAGAACACUCUGAGCUUCAGGAUCGUUCAUGGAAAGGCAACAAGAAAGACCUGUGAACUGUGUAAAAGAAGCUUGUGAUACAUACACCAUGUCAAGAUGCUAAAUUUUUUGUGUUAGCCUCUAGAAAAGUUAAAAUUCAGUUCAGAAAAAUGUACUAUGACCAACCAAUAUUUUUUAAUGCCAUUCAUAAGCUGUUAUAAUAAUGUCAUUAUUACAAUAUUUGAUGAUGUUGCACAUACAUUGUAAAGUCUGUAUUCCAGCUUUUAAGUAAAAUAUAAGCAUGUUAAACACCUUAUUUAAGUAUUGAUAAUGACACUGUAUGGUGGCUGUUCACCAGUAGAAGGAAAAAUUCAUUAGCCAAGUUCUUCCAAAAUUAGAUUUUUAAGUUGUAUGAAACCAUUAAUAGCCUUAAAAGCUUUAAUGAGUUUCCACUAAUAAUAAUCUAAUUUAAUCAGAUGAUGAUAGUGAUUAUGUAUUAUAUAUGAGUAUAGUAUCCAGUAUCAGCAAAUUUGCUCGUCGGGAGAUUAAGGAUAAAUGAUCAGAAUUUGCCACAAUAUUUAUAGGGAAGAGUCAGAAAGAGCAAAAAAAUAAAAACGAUGACGUUAGUUUUGUUAAGCCUGAUGAUACUAUGGCUUACUCUCAUAAGACAACUGUAUUGAUAAUUACAUUUUGUUACUGUGCUUCUGCACCUGUUGGGCUGUUUUUGUUGACAUUUGUGUUAACAUAUAAUUAAUAAGCAUUCUACCUUUUUAAAGUUUAUCUAGUAAUGGAGUUUACAUCUAUUUGCAUAACUGUCACAGCCCUGAACUGAAAUUAUUUUACAACAAUGGAAUUCUUGACUCAAAAAGUUAAUAUACAACAUAUCCAAAAAGCAAGUGUUUCCCAUUGCUGUGAGAGUUACUGAUUAUGCAGAUAUUACCUCAAAUAUACAUACACUGGUGUCACAGUUUCUCUGAGAUGUUACUGUAUUCUGAGAGCUAAAUAUUAAAUGCUGUUUUUCCGUUUAAAUAUUCAGUUUCCUUUAGAAGAUGAUAAUGAUUAUAACAUUAAUAUGAUUUUUGUUAUUUUAGUGUUUAGACCUGAAAAUCAUCUUCCUUGUCUCAUAAAGACCUAAAUAUAAAAGAAAAUGGAAAAUAAUUGCUAGAGUUUUUACUUUCCUGAUAUUUGUUUCAUCCUUUGUUGUUUAUUAUCAUUUUAGCACCAACUUCACUCAUAGUUCCUUUUUUUCAUUGUAAAAUGGAUGAAAUGAGCAAGUACAUAAGAAUUUUAUUUCAGCGAAAAGUCAGGAGUUACUGUUAAAAACAAGACAUGUAGGAGACAUUUACUAGGAGUAAGAAAUGGAAGUAUGACCAUAUGGGCUGACAGCGCCACAAAUAACAAAGAAAGGGAGGGAGUGCUGAACCAGGACAGAGCUGAACAAGUGAUAGCUCAAAGUAUCAACUUA